AAAGGCUACAUCAUGUUCUCAGCUAAUCAAGCUCCUUAAUGCAAUAUUUUAAAAAUUUUCCUGGAUAUUCCAGUGAUGUGAUUUUGGCUGCAAGAAGUAUGAGCUGUUAUGUAGCAGUUACAUGUGAAGAGAAGACAGAGUACAAGUCAUCCUCAGAAGAUCCUGUCCUAAGCUGGGCCUGAAAGUUCAUCCAGCUGACUGCUACAUAAACAAAAUCCAGAAGUGAAAAAGGCAAGUCCCUCUGCCACAAUGAGCUCUGAACAUGAAGAAAUUGCAAAAACGGUUGUCAAUGGGCUGAGGAGCAAUGGACAAGAAAAAGCUGUUGACGUCCCUUUAUGUACACGUUCUAUUUCUGCCGUUAAAAUAAUCCCUGUGAAGAAAGUGAAAAGUUCUCCUCACCUAGUGCUGCCUACAGAAAUGGAUCCCACAAAAGUCUGCAGUGGAAAAGGAGCUGUAACCCUCCGGGCAACUCCAUCCUCUGAAGGGAGUCGGAAUAUCGCUUCACCAUGUCCUCAAGAUGCUGAGCAACCUGAAAGUCUGGAGCCAGAAAACUCAGAAACAGAUGAUUGGAGGUCAUCGUCUAGCACUGAUGCCAAUGGGGAUGCCCAGCCAUCUUCUCUGGCUGCCAAGGGUUAUAGGAGUGUGCGUCCAAACCUUUCUUCAGACAGCAAGCCACAGGCCCUUGCUCCUCCCCGUCCUCCUCUCCCCAAAGAGGAGAGCUUUGCAUGGCGUCCUCGCACUGACACCAGAGCGACCAACCUGUUGCCAGUGCCCAUCAUGGACUGUGUGUACCUGAAUGCACCCAAGCCUUACACCCAGCGUGCCUCACCAAGCACCAGUGCACGCUGUUACUCGUCCUCACCUACCCCCUAUGGGGCCAGCCCCGGUGGGAAGCAAGGCUUGCCAGCAGGGCGCUCCCCCUCCUCAGGCCCCAGAGAUGAGGUGCAUGCUGGGCAGCCACUCUGGGAAAGUCGCUCCUCGUCGGGUGCAGCAUCCAUACAACACAACCCUGACAGGGCAGAUCCCAGUAGUAAGGCUGGAACGAAUUCCAGUCAUGAGACGAAGGCGGAUAAAAAGGUCAGCAAACUAUAUGUAGCUUGUUUAUCUAACAGCACUUGCUCAGGCGCAUCUCAAAAUUCCACUGGCACCACACAUGACCCGGCAGCCAGCACCAGUUUGGGCGCUGAGCUCACUCAGGCACCAGCCACCAACAUUGUUUCCUCUGUAACAGACACUGAAAAGUCUCUUCCUGCUGCUCCUCCUCCUCCUAUUCCUCCCAGGCCGUACUUUUACAUUGUCCUCAGCAAAGACGCAGUUAGUUAUGGUGCAGGCCAGCCCUCCCGGACUCAGCCGUCACCUCCGCCAGCUGUGAGGGACAGAGUGCUAGAGCCCCAGAGCACAGCUGCCACAGAGGACAGGAUGAGAAAAGAGCCUUACCUUACCCAGCAGCGACAGCCACCAUACAAGGCAAUGGGACGCAGCAUGGAUGCCACUGCCACCACCUCAGCUCAGCCUGGAGUUAUAGUAGUCCCCCUCCUCCAGGUUAAUCCAGACAGACAGCAAGAAGGCAGCUCCAGCACUCCACCACCGCCUCUGGUUCCUUUCGGGCAAGGCUCCGUAUUCCCUGAGAUUGUUUCUCCUGGCUCACCCUUGACUUUUCCAACUCUAGACGAUUUCAUUCCCCCACAUCUCCAGAGGGGCUCCCACCAUAACCAAGCACCCUCCACAUCUGGCACAUUACCCUCUGUUUACCCGAAACUGCCAUUCUUCUCAUCACCACCUUCACUUGUCCCUCCAGUCACGGGGGCUUUGCACAGGGGCUUGAAGCCUGAAAUCACUGGAGUCAUCUCACAUAAAGACCCAGGUCCUGUGCUAAAUGAAGUGCCCCAGCCUGGCACUGACUAUUCAACCUCCAUCACUUCCAUCAGCAAGUCAACCUCUGCCUAUCCUUCUACUACAAUUGUCAAUCCCACUAUUGUCCUCUUGCAGCACAAUCGAGAACAGCAAAAAAGGCUUAGUAGCCUGGCAGAUUCAGUGCCAGACAGAUUAGUUUCUGACAAAGUUGAUUCAGCACUUCUACGGGACAAGGCGGUUCAGGAGGCUGUGCCAAGAGAGAAGAGGGCAGUGGAAGAGAAGAGAAGCGCUGUCAAGAGCCCUCUGCACAUGGCUGAUACCUCUGUCGAUGAUAUUGGAAUCCCACUGAGGAAUACAGACAGAUCAAAGGACUGGUACAAGACGAUGUUCAAACAGAUCCACAAGCUAAACAGAGACAAUCCUGAAGAAAACCCUUAUUGCCCUACCUACACAUUUCCUGAACUUCCUGAAAUCCAGCAAAAAACUGAAGAAGACAAUCCUUAUUCUCCUACAUACCAGUUUCCUGCGUCUACUCCUAGUCCUAUCUCUGAAGAUGAAGAUUCUGAUUCAUGCUCUCCUCGUUAUUCCUAUUCUGAGGACAGCAGAACCCAAGUUCCCCGCUCCAAGAGUGAGAUGGACAAUAUUGAUUCUGAGAAGGUUGUGAAGAGGUCUGCCACUCUGCCACUGCCAAACCGUACCUCAUCACUGAAAUCAAGCCCAGAAAGGACUGACUGGGAGCCUCCAGAUAAGAAGGUGGACACCAGAAAAUACCGUGCAGAACCCAGGAGCAUUUAUGACUAUCAGCCAGGGAAGUCCUCUGUUCUGAACAACGAAAAGAUGACUCGGGAUAUAAGCCCAGAAGAGAUAGAUUUAAAGAAUGAACCUUGGUAUAAAUUCUUUUCGGAAUUGGAGUUUGGGAAACCGCCUCCAAAAAAGAUUUGGGAUUAUACUCCUGGAGAUUGCUCUAUCCUUACUAGAGAGGAUAGAAAGAGUGAUCUAGAAAAAGACCUCUACCUCUACCAGACUGAGUUAGAGGCAGAUUUAGAAAAAAUGGAGAAGCUUUAUAAAGCACCACAUAAAAAGCCACAGAAGAAUACAGCAGGUGUUGCUCCUCUGGAAACUUCCACAGACCAUUCUUCCUACUCCACUUAUUCACCCAACUACCAUGCAGUGAAGAGGGAGUCAGAGCUAGCUCUGGGGGACCCUGCUGCCUUGGAGAAUGAAAGGCAGAUUUACAAGAGUGUGCUGGAAGGUGGAGAUAUCCCAUUCCAGGGGCUGAGUGGUCUCAAGCGACCUUCGAGCUCUGCUUCCACAAAAGUGGAUCGUAAAGGUGGGAAUGCUCAUAUGACUGCACCCUCUUCAGUUAAUAGCCGAACCUUUAACACUAGUCAUACCGGUAUGUUAGGUCACGCAUGUAAACAUAAGAAGCCCUUAUCAGCUGCCAAAGCCUGCAUUACUGAAAUCCUCCCUUCCAAAUUCAAACCCAAACUAGCAGCUCCAGCUGUUCUUGUGCAGGACAAGACGGGUAUCUUGCUGUCUCAUGAGAAAGCUCAAAGCUGCGAAAACCUUCGUAGCUCCACUGCUUUGUUUGAUAAUAAAAAGGCUUUCAUGGUAGACAUAGGGGAAAGCAUAGAAAACAUCCUGAUGAAGUCUAAGCAAGAUUAUGCCAUCAAAUCUGGCAGUACCAUGAGCCUGCAGGAGUAUGGCACCAACUCUAGGAAAGGCUACCUGUUCGCUGCCUCCAGAAAGAAUGGGAUGGAGUUUACAACACUCUAUAAAGACAUGCACCAGAUCAACCGGUCCAGGAUCCAUUUGGACACAGUCUCCUCCUGCAGUGUGAAGGAUAUUGCAUCUCAGUUUGAGAAUGAAGCCAAGGACAGGAUGGAGCACAGCCUCAGUCGAGAGGAUUCAGAGCAGAUCCCCAAAGACACCGUUUCCUCCCGUAUCAGUGCCUUUGAGCAGCUGAUUGAGAGAUCCCGAUCAAUGCCCUCGCUUGACUUCUCCAUUGGGCAAACCAAACCCACCACUUCUCUUCAGUCUAAAACUUGCCUGAGUGCUGCAUACUCUGCAGAGAUUCUUCUGGAUUUGUCAAAAGCACACCAAGAAGAGAAGGAAGUUCCCAGCUUUGCAGAUAAAUCCUCCCGCUCCUGCAGCAAUGUGGAGGACACGGCUUCGGAUGUCAGUGAUAUCAUCCCUAUGGACACACUUUCAGCUUGCACUGAUGAGAUAGAUCUUCUCUCAAAUGCCUCCAAUGACAGUGGCAGCAGCAGCAGCAACCUGAACGGGCCUCAGAAGCAUAAAAUCAACAGAUGCAAAGGCGCAUGCCCAGCUUCCUACACCAGGUUCACUACCAUCCGAAGGCAUGAACAGCAGCAGGCCUCCAGGAACCCUGAUUCCAAAGGGGAUAUCUACGGGGACAGGCACAUGCUCCCCAGAAAUGUGUACCUAAUGAGCCCACUCCCGUUCCGAUUGAAAAAGCCCUUCCAACACAAAUCCUGCAGAACUCCUCCCCCAGACUGCCUGGCCAGCCUGGCAGUGCCCAGCCCUGAGAACCCAGACGAGCCCACACAGCUGCAGGGGAGUGUAGGAAGCAGGAGCCACCACUCCCAGCAGCAAGGUUGCUCCAGAAGCGGGCCUCUUGCUCCCAGGCGCCUGUCCUCCUUUGACAUUGUGGAGAGGCUUGGCUACGCCCCCACCGUGGGGUCUAGCCGGGAUAGCUUCGUGGGCCGGGCUGGCACUCCUGACUCCUUAAACAAUGGGAACCCUGUUUCAUAUGCCCUCUACCACAGCCUGGACACAAACAACAACCCGCAAAGUGAACUUGGGACGUACCUAGGAGAUUCAGAAUCACCAAGGCAUUUUGCACCAGUUGAUUACAUGGAAACUCCAGAAGAAAUUCUCCGCAGGCGGCAUGAUGAUAAAGAGAAACUUUUAGAGGACCAGAGACGGCUUAAACGUGAGCAAGAAGAAGCUGAUAUUGCCGCUAGAAGGCACACAGGGGUUAUUCCAACGCACCAUCAGUUUAUCACUAAUGAACGAUUUGGGGACCUCCUAAAUGUAGACGAUACAGCAAAGAGGAAAUCUGGGUCAGAGAUGAGACCUGCUAGAGCCAAGUUUGACUUUAAAGCACAGACACUAAAGGAACUUCCUCUGCAAAAAGGAGAUAUUGUUUACAUUUACAAGCAGAUUGACCAGAACUGGCUUGAAGGUGAACACCAUGGCAGAGUUGGCAUCUUCCCACGAUCAUACAUAGAGCUCCUUCCACCAGCUGAGAAGGCUCAACCCAAAAAACCGUUACCACUGCAAGUAUUGGAAUAUGGAGAGGCUAUUGCUAAGUUCAACUUCAAUGGGGAUACCCAAGUGGAAAUGUCCUUCAGGAAGGGUGAAAGGAUCACGUUGAUUCGGCGAGUGGAUGAGAACUGGUAUGAAGGCAGGAUCCCUGGCACCAGUCGCCAGGGCAUCUUCCCCGUCACUUACGUGGAGGUUCUCAAGCGGCCGGUGGUCAAGAACGCCAUUGACUAUCCCGACCCUCCGGUGUCCCUCUCCCCCAGCCGCAGCAUGACAGCUUCACCACAGUCUCCCAGCUCUGAGCUGCUCCAUACUCCAACUCCUCCGCCUUUGCCUUUUGCGCGCCGCGCUUUGUCUCCAGAGGUGCAGGCGGUCACAUCCGAGUGGAUUGCUCUGACUGUGGGAGUGUCCCCCAGCACCACUCCUGCCAUAACUCCUCCAUUGCCUCCUCUGCCUGAAGCCUCCCUCUCUCACACUGACUAUCUCUCGCCUUCUGCUGCAGCCAGCCCUUCCCCUACAGGCAGCCUCCACCAUUCUCAUCUCUCUGGCUCCUCGACUCCCAGGUCCAUUAAAUCCCCAUUGCCCUCUUCCUCAUCCAGACCUCAGUCCUCUGCCCGCAGUUUCUACCAGGCCACUCCACAAAACGAAGACAAGUUUGUUGACUCCCCUUCUCCCAGCGUGACUUACUCUAACUCCUCUCACUGGGCAGUGGAGAGCCCUGAAAGCAUCCUCGCAGAGCAGCGUGACAGCACUGCCAGCCCAGCCUGGCUGCAAAAGACAGGAGAGGGCGGCAGCCACGCUGAGCAGAGUGCUCAUGCUGCCCCCAAGAUCUCUGCUGAGCGCUGCCUGAAACCAUCCCAGCUAGACAUGCGUGCCAGCCCAGAAAGGAGACCUGUGGGUUCCUCUGAGGACAACCAGUUGUGUCAGGAGCUAAUGGCUAUUGUUCAGGGAGGUAAAACAGAGAAAAGAGACGUGAGGAAAGGUGAUACGGGGAAGUUUCAAGGCGGGGAAAAGAAGACUGCAGACUCAAAAGUAUUCUCUUCAUCUGCUCCUCUCUCUUCCUCUACCCUCUCUUCCUCUACUGUCACAACACAGCCACCUCCCAGACUUACACGCAGAGUCAAUAAGCCACAGCCUUCCCACCAUUCAUUGAGAGCUGGACCAGAUCUCACAGAGUCUGAAAAGAGCUAUGUGCAACCUCAAGCACAGCAACAAGGAGCCAGCCCUGAGCGAAGUCAAACACCACGAGACAUAGUUAGCUACCAAGCCCUCUACAGCUACACUCCUCAGAAUGAUGAUGAGCUGGAACUGAGGGAUGGUGACAUUGUUGAUGUCAUGGAGAAGUGUGAUGAUGGCUGGUUUGUGGGUACAUCCAGGAGAACAAGGCAAUUUGGCACCUUCCCAGGCAACUACGUGAAGCUUCUGUACCUGUAAUAUAAAAGUGAUCCCACCAUGACAAGGAUGGGAUUCCUUUCCAGAUGGUGUUUUUAAACAGUGAAGAAACAGACAAUUUAUGAAUGUAAUAGACAAGAGAUGAGAAGUGUUAGGAGGAUGUGGUUAUGUGGUACACUAUUGAGUUGAAUGUGUAGCCCUGCUUCCAUGGAGGCAGGGUGUGAUUUGUUUGCUGAAGAAGAGACAGUUUCUAGUUUACAGUGCUGCCUUUGUGUAUUCCUCUCCCUUCCCCAGUAAGAGUUUUGAUGAUAAUCUUAAUUUGUACGGAGUACUUACCUCUGAGAAGGCUUCAGGGAAGCACAUGGUAUAGGUUUUGUUUGUGUGUUGAGAUAGGGUAGUGCUUUGGGGCAGUACUCAGCCCUGCAGCUGCUCACAUUCGUUGGCACAGUUCAGGAGGCCAGGCUUGCUGCCCAGUUUCUGCCUUGCUGAAGACUCACUUUUCUCUGCCUUCCAUUUCCAUAGAAAGCCCUUCCUUCAUGUCAUGCAUCUUAAGACACAGCAGAGGCAGAGGACAUCUGAUACAAUUAAAUUGCAGAGCUAUGUGUGGAAAAGGAGUUUGGGACUGGUGGUUUAAUCCAGAGGGGUCAGCCAAAGCAUAAUGCAAAUGCUCAAAAAUCCCAAACCCUUUAAUAACGUAUUACCAAUCUCUGCAGGGUUUUUUCUUUUGUGCAGGGAGGGUGUGUGUGAGUGUAUUGUGUGCAAAAAUGAACAGAAUUCCUGUUUUUUUAAAGAGAAAUCAGCCUAGCUUUGACAUUUGUCUGCACAAAGAAUAGAACCAAUAAACAGAACAUCCGUGAGGACAAAUCCUGUUUAUGAGUCCUAUGGCUGUUCACUUUCUCUGCUCCUCUUGCCCUGUCGCUGGCCCUAAAGGAUCACACACCUUUUCCAGUAUGUGCUUUGGAAUGAAGACUUCUUUCCCAGCAUUAAAUCUUAGAGUCUCUGAUAAAUCUGAGCAAUGUAUCACUGAGGGUGCCUUUUUUAAAAUUUUGGUUACAGUGUUAAUGGUAGGUCCAAUAAACACAUGCAUUUUGGCUGCCUCUUAGUCAUACAUAAAAAGUCUAAUCAAUUUGGAAAGCUGUUCCCAACAGUUAUUACCAGUUACAUAGAUUUGUAUUUCCUUGAGGGGGAAAAAAAAAAACCAAUAUGGCUUGGCUGUGUGUUUGCCUGUAAAUCGACUAUGAAUACUCUUUUGAUAGACUUUUUGUUAUUAAGAAAAAGCAUAAACAAAACCAGUUCUAUCAGACUCUGCUUCCUACAAUUACCGUACAAAUAGCAAAGGGUUAGAUUGCUAUUUUGUCAUAAGCCGUAUUUAAUAAUAUAAAAUGCCUAUUUUUAUGCUGAUGCUUUUAUACAGAUUUAUUAAGAGUAAACUACAACUAACUGUUAGCACGACUUGCAAUGUUUUGAUAAACUAGCCAUGCUCCUGGGUUUGAAAUCAAGCAGGCUUGUCUUCCGUCUCGGUCAGCGGAAGAGAAGACUCUGAGUCUCAGAAGUUUGACUGUAAAUAUGUAUAUUUAACUUUGUACAGACAAUGUACUUACCUUGUAUAGAGAAAUAAUUUAAACACAUUGAGUGAAGGGAGGGAAAAAAAGGCAGUUGUGAAAGGUUGGGAUUUUUUUUCCGCUUUAAUUUAAGCGAUGGAAUUCUACGUAUGUUCACAUAAAGAGUUUUAGCACAAAACAUUCAUUAUGAAAGGGUUUCAGAUAUGACACAAAGCACCACUGUUUAUUUUCUGCAGGACAUAUCUUGAAUCCUGCCAUCUUAUUUAUGGGUUUGUUGUUCUGCUUUGGGUUUGCCCUUCAGUUAUUUGCAACAGUGUUUAGGCCUAUUGGUAAGAUUGGAUAACACCAAAUAAAUCUAUCCAGCAAAGUAACAUGUUGAUAUUGAUUGUAUAUAACAUACUCAUUUAAAAGUUAAUUUUCUGUUCUUGCUCUUGCCAGUUUAAGUUAAACACAAACACACACAACACACAUAUCCACAUAAACUGCAACUUAUUUUUGUGUUGAUUUUUUGUUUCUUAUUGCAGUGGAUUACUAUUUGGCAAUUAAUAAAUGGAAUUAUUGAAUUAC